AGAAAUCUGCAUAAGGAGGUGUUGUUAUAUAGCCUAAACCUUGUACAGUUGGGAUGUUCUUAGACGUGUUUAGUUUAGGUCUGGUUCCUCAUUUUCCAACUCCCUGUGGCCCUUUUCGCUGACUAAAGUAAACAGAUAACAGUUGAGAAAAAGUGUCAUGUGGUGUGUGUGUGUCUAUGUAUGUGUGUGUAUGUUGGGAAAGUGGCUGUCAUUAACAUUUUAAUUACCACAAAUACCAGCGAUAGCGCAACAAUUGACGCGUGAGUUGGAGAGGUGGAGACUCUUGUGACUUUUAAGCGCACCUAGGUGCAAUCGCGCUACAGGCAGCGACACAGAGAGGGGCACAAAUGGAGACAGCAACGUUGCAGUACAGUCCCAUGGAGCACCAAACAGAAGCACUGAAGUUGCUACAGAAUGUGCGCCCUCACCAAACAGCGAUCAGUAGGCCCAGUAAACUUGGACUAGAAAAACAAGUGACAACCAUCCACGACUCGUCAGCAGCGGCCCGCACAAUAGCAGAAAAGGCGCGUGAAAGUGUCAUUACGCAGCUAAUCGAUAUUCUAACCCAAAUACUCACAGUCGAGGAAGAAAUCAGUCAUAGUUUGUUUCAGGAUCUGAGGACAUUUCUGCACCCUAAAGAAAGCAUAGAGCUGAGGAACAUCUGUGUGCGCAUGGCAAUGAGGGACUCUGACUGUCAGAAGGACCGGGACCUUAGAGAUCUGCGGGACUGUUUAAAAGCCAUGGUGGACAGUCUGGUGUCUUCUCUCAUCAACAUGAACCAUCCCGUGGCCGUUCAGACAUCAUGCACGCUUGAAGAGAUAUAUCUGAGCUUCCCUGAAAUCUGAAUAGCUAAUAUCUCACUUUACCUAAUCUCAGGGCUGACAGCCUAUUGUUUACUUGAAUGUACUUUUUAAAUAAUUUAUUUUAUUUCAAAUUAUUGGAGGUGCAACUAUGUAGGCCUCCUCUGUAAAAAGUAAUGUCAGAAGAAAUAAUACUGGGACAAACAUGUGUGUUAUGCAAAGUGUUUUAUACAAAUCCUCCAAAUCCUCCUCAAUUUGAAAAACCUACCAGUAAUUCCAGUUCCCAACAGUUGUGUACUGUAGACCUGCCCAUGGUGGGUUGGCCUUUCCAAAGUAUAAUUAUGUUUCAUUGGGUAAUAAACAUUGAUUGAAUCGUU